AUGAUCUUCCUGUGCGCCCUGCUGGCGCUUCUUCCGAGCGCGAUAUGCGCUACGGUCACUUACGAUUUCAAUAUCACUUGGGUGUCUUCGAAUCCAGAUGGUGCGCACGUAAGACCAACCAUUGGCAUCAAUGGCCAGUGGCCAUUGCCCGCGAUUACGGCCAAUGUUGGGGAUCGCAUUAUCGUCAAUGUCUUGAAUGGAUUAGGGAACCAAUCGACAUCCCUUCAUUUCCACGGCCUUUUCAUGAAGAAUGCCUCUCAUAUGGAUGGACCAGCUCAGGUCACCCAGUGCGGUAUUCCACCAGGAUCCAGCUUCCAGUAUAACUUUACGGUGGAUCAACCAGGUACAUACUGGUAUCAUUCUCACACUCAAUCGCAAUAUCCUGACGGAUUGCGGGGUCCGUUGAUCAUAUACGAUGACGCCUCACCUUUCAAGGGUGAGUAUGAGGAAGAACUGAUCUUGCCUUUAUCAGACUGGUAUCACGAUCAAAUGUCCGCUCUCCUUCCAACGUACAUGGCCAAGGGGAACAUGAUGUUGCAGGAACCUCUGCCUCAAUCGAACUUGAUCAACGAGACCCAGAAUCUUAAAAUCGGGGUACAGCCAGGAAAGACGUAUCUCGUCCGGAUGAUUAACAUAGGAGCGUUCAUGGGCCAGUAUUUCUGGAUGGAAGGUCACAACAUGACCAUUGUGGAACUGGAUGGAGUCUACACGAAGCCGACUGUCGCUGAAACCAUCUACCUCGCUACUGGCCAGAGAUGUAGUUUCCUACUGAAGACCAAGGAUGAUCGGGCAGCGAACUAUCCCAUCGUCGCGAGUUUGGAUCCAGUACGCUUUACAACUCUAUUCCACCCAACGACUUUCGCUAACAGCAUGUCAACGACAGGGUGGCUUGUAUAUGACUCGAGCCUAUCAUACCCGGAACCACAGCAGCUGUCCAGGUAUGACAGUAUAGACGAUAUGGCACUCGUGCCGUAUGACGAACAACCGUUGUUGGCCCAUCCAGAUCGUACAAUCACCCUUACUAUGAACAUGGACAGGGAUCUGGAUGGAAUUACGCACUGGCUCCUCAACGACGUUAGCUACUCGCCUCCCGAGGUGCCAACUCUAUAUACAGCCCUUACGAGCGGUACAGAUGCCGCAAAUGAGACCACCUAUGCCGCAUCGACCAAUUCAUUCGUCCUUGAAAAGGACUCCAUCGUCGAACUAAUCGUUAACAACGAACACAUGGGCCGACACCCAUUCCACUUGCACGGCCACCACUUCCAAGCUGUGUUCCAAUCAAAGCGCGGCGAUGGUCUAUUCAAAGAUAAAGGCUUAACCGAGAAUGAUCUCCCUCAAGCCCCCAUCCGACGUGAUACACUCGUCGUGAAUCCAGGAGGAAGCAUCGUCGUCCGGUUUCGAGCUAAUAAUCCUGGAGUAUGGAUAUUCCACUGCCACAUGGAAUGGCACGCCCAUGCAGGACUUAUCGCCACUAUGGUGGAAGACCCUCUUACACUCCAGGAGCGGACACCAAUGUCAUCUAUCCCAUCUGACCACCUCAAGGCAUGCUCUCCAGUCCAGAUCCCAUUCACCAGCAAAAAUGAUACGAACUGGGGUCCCUCAGAUGAGAAACACACAGAAGAAGAACAAACCUCUCCGACAGAGCAAGAAUCUUCCACAGAACAUAAUACAAAGUAA